AGUAUCUAAUUUCCCACAGCUUAUUUUGGGAUCGUACCCGUUCACGUUUGUGAAGUACCCCAAGACAAAAAAGAUAAUUAAAGUAUUUGCUGGAUCUCCAAAAAGCAGCUACUGCUCUGCUUUCACACUGACGCAUUUGUGCCGACUCUGCUAGGCCUUUAAAAUCUUCGCUGUUUCGACGUGCAAGUGGCGCCGGAUCAGGCUUGUGCGCGUGUCAGCGAAGCACCACUAACCCCUUCUUGAACACUUUCUGUUUAUCACCAUUUUUUUUUUUUAGCACAACAAAAGGCUCUGCAAUGGGCGUCAGUAUCUACUCGCUGAUCAACGCAGUCGUACUGUGCCUCAACGCGCUCGCCAUCUUGUCCGAGUCGCGGUUUCUUUCGAAAUUCGGCCUGGCCACCCCCAACGCGCUGCAAGGGCCGGUGUCGCGGCAAGAGACCGCGUUUAGCGACUACUCCCCCAACGCUUUCGACUCCGACAUUGGCACAAACGCGAACAACGGCGGUGCUCGCGUCUCGUCCAUCAAGUUGCAGAUCGCCUCUCUUCUUCACUCUGUCCGUCUGCUGCUGCGCUGGCCGCUCAUCUUUGCGAAUGUGGUCUUUGUGUUCGUUGCGUUGAUCUUUGGCUGA